AUGGCAACCGAUGCUACAUCACAUUCAAUCAAGCGUUCGAGGUCCGAGAUGGAAGAGACCAUGACAGCGAACAGCACCGGCGAUGCGCAGGACGACGCAGACACCUCUUCCGAAGACGAUGACUUCGGACCCGCUCUUCCCUCUACUGCACCUAAGAAGAAGCGCCGCAAGCUACCAUACGAAAAGCUCUACGUCGCAGCCUUACCGGCUUCUACCCAAUACUCGAAGUCGCUGAUGCAUAAGGAUCAGCUGUGUUUUACCACUUUUACUCCAUACACCGACUUCCUCAUUACAGCCUCUGUGGAUGGCGUUGUGAAGUUCUGGAAGAAGACUUUCGGAGCGAUAGACUUUGUCAAGGAGUUCAGAGCGCACAACGGCGAGAUCAAGAGCACUAGCAUCAGUACAGACGGGAGGAGUUUCGCAACAGCAGGCGCUGACAAGACCGUCAAGAUUUUCGAUGUGAUCACUUUUGACCUCCUGGCCAUACUCACGCUGGAUGCGACACCGAAGUCUGUAUGCUGGGUGCAUAAUCGGGGGGCUUCGCUGCCUCUGUUAGCCGUGUCUUUCGAGGAUUCUCCGUUAAUUCGGGUGUACGAUGGACGGGGGGAGAACCAGGAACCAUUGCACACGCUCAAGAGCCUGCAUCGGAGGCCAGUGACGCUCAUGGCAUACAACAAUGAGUAUGACUGCGUUGUGUCGGCGGAUGAAGGCGGCAUGCUGGAGUAUUGGCGCCCGAGUGGAACGUAUGAGAAGCCUGACAAUGUCUUCGCGAUGAAGAGCUCAACAAAUCUCUUCGAAUUCAAGAAGGCAAAAUCUGUACCGACCUCCAUCACCAUGUCCCCAACCGGUUCCCAGUUCGCGACAUUCUCCUUCCCGGACCGGCAAGUGCGGGUCUUUGACUUCGCGUCCGGCAAGUUGCACCGGACGUACGACGAGUCUCUCAGCACCAUCACCGACAUGCAGCAGGCCGGCACAGCGCUGCAGAGGCUAGAGGAUGUUGAGUUCGGCCGGAGAAUAGCCGUUGAGCGCGAGAUAGAACAUCCCGCCUUACGGAGCAGGAUCAACGUCAUCUUCGACGAGACUGGAAAUUUCAUCCUUUACGGUUCCAUUCUUGGGACCAAAGUCGUUAAUACGCUCACCAAUCGGGUAGUCAAGGUAUACGGAAGAGAGGAGCCCUUCAGACCCCUGAAUCUUGCGUUGUACCAAGGACAGCCAGAGAAGAAGGGAGUGACGACCGUGGAGAUGGCUGCCAGCGACAACCCGUUGCUCCAGGAGGCUGAAGCCCGAGAUGCCAUGCUCGUGGCCACAGGUUCCGGCAAAGUUCGCUUCUACAUGUUCACCAACGAGCAAGACAUCAGUAAAUCUGGACGUGACAUUCAGAACGAGAAGCCGCGUAAUAUCAACAACCGUCAACAAGCUGAGGCGAAGCCAGCAGAGAGCGCUUCGUCUGCCAUUAUUCACACGACGUAUGGCGACAUACAUGUUCGGCUCUUCCCGGAUGCCGCCCCGAAGGCAGUAGAGAACUUCGUCACGCACGCCAAGAACGGCUACUAUAACAACAUUAUCUUUCAUCGCGUCAUUCGAAAGUUCAUGAUCCAGACCGGCGAUCCCCUCGGCGACGGUACCGGUGGUGAGAGCAUCUGGGGGAAAGAGUUCGAGGAUGAGUUCUCAACGCUGAAGCACGACAAGCCGUACACGGUCAGCAUGGCAAACGCCGGUCCAAACACCAACGGCUCGCAGUUCUUUAUCACGACCGAGAAGACGCCUUGGCUUGACAAUAAGCACACGAUCUUCGGCAGAGCCAUCCAAGGUUUGGAUGUUGUCCACAGGAUAGAGAACACAAGGGUCUACAAGGAGAAACCUGAGGAGGAUAUCAAGAUUAUCAAUAUAUCGAUUCCGUAG